CGCAGCGCGGUGCUCAACACCGAGGCGCGCACGGUCGAGGCAGAUGUGCUGAGCCGCCGCUGCGUCAUGAUGCGGCUGCUGGACUUCUCCUACGAGCAGUACCAGAAGGCUCUCCGCCAGUCAGCUGGGGCCGUGGUCAUCAUCCUGCCUCGCUCCAUCUCUUCUGUCCCACAGGACGUUGUGAGGCAAUUCAUGGAGAUUGAGCCAGAAAUGCUUGCUAUGGAGACUAUUGUGCCAGUCUACUUUGCCGUGGAGGAUGAGGAGCUGCUGUCUAUCUAUGAACAAACCCGAGCUGCCUCUGCAUCACAGGGCUCAGCCUCAGCUGCAGAAGUUCUGCUGCACACAGCAACUGCCAAUGGCUUCCAGAUGGUGACCAGUGGGGCUCAGAGCAAAGCUAUCAAUGACUGGCUCAUACCCAGUGUGGAGGGAAGGCUGACAGGGCUGGGUGGAGAAGACCUGCCCACUGUUGUGAUAGUUGCCCACUAUGACUCUUUUGGAGUGGCUCCAUGGUUGUCCCACGGUGCUGACUCCAAUGGCAGUGGGAUCUCAGUGCUGCUGGAACUAGCCAGGCUGUUCUCUCGGCUCUACACCUACAGACGUACCCAUGCUGGGUACAACUUGCUGUUCUUUGCAUCUGGAGGUGGCAAGUUUAAUUAUCAAGGAACUAAGCGGUGGCUGGAAGACAAUUUGGACCACACAGAUUCCAGCCUGCUGCAGGACAACGUUGCGUUUGUCCUCUGCCUUGACACGCUGGGCAGAGGCAACAGCCUUCAUCUCCAUGUCUCAAAGCCUCCCAAGGAGGGCACCUUGCAGCAUGCAUUUCUGAGAGAACUGGAUAUGGUUGUUGCCAGCCAAUUCCCAGAGGUGAAGUUUUCCAUGGUGCACAAGAAGAUAAACCUGGCUGAGGACAUGCUGGCGUGGGAGCACGAGCGGUUCGCGAUCCGACGCUUGCCAGCGUUCACCAUCUCCCACCUGGAGAGCCACAGGGACAGCCUGCGCAACAGCAUCAUGGACAGGAGGGCACGAAUAGACACUAAAGCACUGACCAGGAAUACUAGGAUCAUUGCUGAGGCUUUGACAAGGGUCAUCUACAACCUAACAGACAAGGGAGCACCUGCAGAUCUGCAGAUCUUCACAGAUCAGAUGCAGAUCCAGCAGGAGCAGCUGGAGUCAGUGAUGGACUGGCUGAGCAGUCAGCCCAGGGCUGCCCAGCUGAUUGAUAAAGACAGCACCUUCCUCAACACCUUAGAAUAUUACAUGGGACGCUACCUAAAGGAUGUCAAGCAGCAUCAUGUAAAGGCAGACAAACGGGACCCUGAGUUUGUUUUCUAUGACCAGCUGAAGCAGGUGAUGAAUGCAUACAGAGUCAAGCCAGCAAUCUUUGACCUGCUUCUAGCUGUCUGUAUUGCAGCCUACCUUGGUGUUGCCUAUGUUGCAGUGCAGCACUUUGGUCUCCUUUACAAGAUGAUCCAGAGAUUAUCCCUUAAAACCAAGCAGCAGUGAAGCAACAAGUCAUCCCCCCCAGCAGCACUGAGCCAUCGGUGAGCCCAUCGGGAACCUCUGCCUUCCAUUGAGUCCUGCUAUUUCUCUUCCUCUGCCUCCUCUUUGCUACUGUGUAGAGGGGAGUAAGGCAUAAAGAAAAUGAAAUUUUAACUCCUGUGCACCUUUUAAGUGCUUUUCUUCACCUUCUUCCCCUGACUCGCACCAUGUCUAUUUCCCUUU